UUAUUUUCUUGAUAAAAUAUCCCUGCUUAAAUCCAAUCUCCUGUAACCCCAAUUUUUCAGCCCCCAAAUCCAUCGAUUAUUUGUCAAGCGAAUUUAACGCUGCAAAUCUAAAGUCGACCAGAUUUUCUUCCAAAAAUUUUGGCUGAUGAUUCUGUUUUCCAGCCUGGUUGCACCUUGAUUUGCGCUUGACGACCAUCCAUGGACCGAAAGCGUCUCUCAUUGCCGUCGGAUCAACUUCAUUAUUCAUCACUGUAGGUGAGUCCUCCUUGCCACCGUGUAUGAUUUGGUCUGUCAAAGAAGAAGAACAUGAGCUUUUUGGAUGGUCAUAUUUGCCACAAGAAAAACAUAUAGUGGGUAGGGCUUCAAACUCCACUUGUUGCACCCUGCCAUUGAUCAAGACUUGCGAGAAAUCCCAGCAAACCCAGGAAGUGGAUCCAGGCUAUUACCACGCUAGGAAAGGGUCUCAACGGGUCAAAAUCAACCGUCCAUGGCUAAACGGUGAUAUAGUGUACAAACACUAUCCAAGGGCUUUGAGUCAGAGCCAAGUUAUAAUCUUUCCUGCUUUGGAAUCAAAGAAGGUAAUAACCAUUCUUGACAUCCAUCAGGCGAAAAGGUUUAGAGGGUCUCCAAAGGCUUGAAAUGUGAUUAUGCAAAACUCCGUAACUAAUGUUGCGUCCCAACAAUUUGAUGACAACGGUAGUUUCCAUAUCCUUAACCAAAAACUUUCUUAACCUUUCCAAGAAAUCAAUGACGAGGAUUCCAUUGAUGGAUGAUUGAAGAAUAUUGCCAUCUUUAAUUUCAAGAUCCGCAUCGGUGACCCCAUUACAAGAUUCAGAACCUUUCCCUUCCAAAAGCUUCUCUUUCCAAGAAACUCCACUCACUGGGGUUGAGUCCACCAUCAUGAAUUCUGAUGGAUCCCCUCCCACCUCCUUAAACUAGACUUUUUUGGUGUUACGACCCUUAUCGGUGCCAAUUUCGUCACCAAUCUGGUCAUCAGACAAAACUUCAGCACCGCUCAUCAUGAAAAAUUAAGUUCAAAUGAUUUUAUAUAUGAUAAUAUUUGUUCAAUUUUAAUAUUAUAAAUUGAUGCAUAUUGAGUUUUGGAA